CGUAUGGUUCACGAGCCGUCUGUGACCGCAGCAGACUAGAGUUGAGGAGGGCCGACGCUCGUCGACCGGCGCGCAUGAAGUGGAUCACCGGAGCGCAACGAAAAGUAAUUUGUACAAAAAACCAAAUUCAACUCAUUGCGAAUGCCGCGUUGUUCGUGAUGUUUUGUCUGACCGCACAAUAUAUCGGUGGUCAUUGUUGCUAGUCGUUUUUUAUAACGAUCGGACUUCUAAUGCGCCGGUAAUGUUCCUCGUGUACGGCUCCUCGCAUCGACGAACUUUCUGUUGUAGUUUAAAAACUUAUUUAUAUUAGAUAAAUGUUAUUUAAUUGCUAAUUGCAGACGUCUCGUUUCAUUGUGUUAGUUUUUUCCGAACAAAAAGUGGAUACUUUGCAGGAUAUGGGUGUUUUCAAGUGGUUACGCCGGGAGCGUGUAACUGUAACGACGCAUCACAGCGUGAGCGCCAGCCCCACAACACCUGAAGCACCGUGCAGUCACAGCACCACACAAGUUGGCACUAUUCGCACAGAGGAAUAUAAACGUGAUUUAGCAGAAUUCCAGGCAAGACGUUCCAUAGGAAGUAAAGAACCCAAAGAUACACCUAUCAAGAAAAAAUGUGGUAGACAUUCCUUGCCCGUGUCUUGUACCGACUGCACUGCAGAUCACGACAACACUUUCAAUUAUGAAAAAAAAUCAGCCAUUAAAUAUAAAAAGAAACCGAAACGCGCUCGAAGUACGACCCCUGAACGGUUAGCCUACGGAGGUCUUCCGAACAUACAGUUCUUAUUCCAGAAUCAGGUGUUCAUGCCUGGGAAUUUAUAUCCUACGACUUCAUCCUUUUCUGAACCACAAAAAAACAAACGUCAGUCAAGUCAAAGAAUAAGCAAAUCUCCAGAUAUGGACAUGUUAGUUCAAAAGCACCUAGAUUUUAAAGAAGAUGAACAGACAAACACUUCUUCAAAGUUGUACAAGAAUAAUUCUCUUCCCUUUGAUGUAAAGAACUUUUUAGACGGUCACAAGAGUGACGACGAUGAAGUUGAUGGAGUAAAAGCAUCGGGAGACGUUAAUUUAUCUAGUCAACAUGCGUCCCCUAGUCCAAGGAAGGAUGUCUCAGAUGAUAAGCUUUGGGAAGUAAUGAGUGAGUUGAAGAACUUGGAUCAGUGGGCCGACGAGCAGCUGCAGGUUCAGUCGCCGCACACUAGCAAGUCUGACGAUAGUAAAAGUGAUGCGAGUACAUACGGGUUGCCGAUAGCAUGUGCAAGCAACCUCGACGUGACGGUAGAAAGGAAUAAGACUUGGAACUGCGGGAAAUGGGGCGUGGUUCCCGUGCAGAUAAAGAGACUGAAUGGUGUCAGCGUUGAACAUGUUAGGAAGAAACGGAACACGGAGAUAAACAUAUUGAGAAAGUGUCGCCACCCUAAUAUAAUACUUCUAAUGGGACUGUAUCCCGACAUUUACGGCAAUGUUCAUCUGAUCUGCGAGAGAUGUGUCGACUCACUGUACGGCAUACUACAUGUUCAGGGCCGCAUUCUAAGCGCACAAACGGCGGUGCAGUAUGCCCUGGACAUUGCGAACGCUCUGGUCUUCCUGCACAUGCAGGGCUACCUGCAUACAGAGUUAUGCAGCUCCAGCGUGAUGAUCACAAGUCAUGAUGCAGCCAAACUGGCUGAUAUGGCAGCUUGUAGUAAACUGCCGUGUACGCCAGAGAGAAGCAACCUUAAAGACUAUGAUAUGUGUUCGCCUGAGCCUCAGUAUGUCAAUAUUGAUGAUUCUCACCAAUCAGACGUAGUGGAGUUUCAGCCUCUGAUAUCGGCACAUCCUUCAGAAACUUACAUUUCAUCCAAUGCCGUAACCAAAGAGUAUAAAAUAUAUGAAAACUCUGAGAAAUACAGAUGGCAUGCGCCUGAGUUGUUUUUACCCAGUGAAGAAGGUUUGGUGUAUCCAUGUUCCAAGAGUGAUGUGUAUAGUCUGUGCCUUAUACUGUGGGAGAGUUGUAAUGCGGCAGUGCCAUGGAAGAACCUCUCUUACGACAAGUUGAAGGAACAAUACACGUUAUGGAAGACAGGUGUACCACUGCCAACAGAUGGAACAUACCCUGGGUGCUUGCUUUCCUUGCUACAAUCUGGACUGACGCUUCAGCGAAACGAGAGAAUGGAUCUGAAUAUGUUGCAGAGUACACUGCAGAAUGUUAAGCGCAAUAUUGAUGAUCUUGGCUACAUUAUAAUCCCGGCUCGCUUACCGACCAAGCGAUCCACGUUCAGCUCAACGGCUUGGGAUACAACUUCGCCAACUGACUCAGAAUGUAUGAGCCCACAGAAUAUAGAACACCAAGCCGUUGUACACAACGCUCAAGAAAGUUCUACAGAAAGCGAGAAAGACUGCAGCAAAAGCGAUGCGAGCCCUUUAUACGAAACUAUAAGAAAGUCCCACGCUAAGUCUGUGGCUACCGCCGAAAAAUGUUUUAUCUCCGAUGACGACCAAAACGACCAUGCCUCAUUAGUAAGAUACGAACAUUUGCAAGAAAAGGAAUACUCCAGUGCCUGUUCAACUCCCAUAGCAAAAAUUAAGGCUAGGAUGAAAGAUCUCGGUACGCCAGGCACUCUACAUAGGAGCGAUUCUACUGAAUACUGCAGUAUUUUCAGCCCAAAUCGUACUAUAAAUUUUGCAAAUGAUGACGAUAUUAAAGAGCAAAGUGCUGAACGUCCUCACACAAAAUUGAGUAAGAGUUUCACCCCUAAAUCUUACAAACCGCUUCAUAUAAAGGUUCCUGAUGUCAAUUUUGAUUCUAUAAAACCACUUCUGAAGGAUAGGAAUAGUUCUGAACGGUCAUCAUAUAAUUUUGAUAUAAGGAACUACAGUUUGCCUAGUACUCCUAUUGCUAGAAGUAAUAAACUUAGGAAGAAUGCUUGGUUAUCUGGAGAGUUAGGAGCUGCAGACAGGAGCCAUGAAAAACCUAAUGCAGCCGAAAAUUGCGUCACGCCGGAGAAAGAAGAUCAUAAAAACCUAACGAACUCAUCCCUCGAGAGUGCAGCUACACCAAUGAACACGUCAGUGGAGAACCCAGUAAAUAGCAUGGAGAAAACACACGAGCCUGAAGUGAUAACUCCGGUGAAUAGUUCCCCUGAAGUAAUUGACCCUAUACGGGACGUAUUUACUGGAUUACGGAGGGUAAAUCAACCUCCAGAUUUCUCGCCUGAUUGUGAAGACGUGCGGGAUCGCAUGAGCUCUUGUUCCUUGAAGUCCAGCCAGGAUAAAAAUGCUCUAACCAAAUACAAAAUAGAAGAGGAUAUCCUUGCCAACGUGAAUGUAAAACCAUUGGUCGCGAUACAUGAAAAAUGGAUAUACGAAGCGAAUAGAAAAACUUGCCGGUCCAUGUCCUUGCCUGAAGAUAACAGGAGCCAAAUAGCAGCAGUAAAACCGGCGUCUCACUGCGUGGACACGCUACAGAAAUCCCUCCCGCAGUUGAAUGUGAAGAAGCCGGGAACUAAAAUAUUCAGAACGCGUCCAGCUUCACCCAUCAACGGGAAAAAUGGUAACCAUUGGGAUCAGUUUUGUCAGGCUCGGGAAACGAUUGCAAAGAGCGUCAACUUUAAUCGGAGCCCUGAAGUUCCACAUCGCAGGGUCGAGAUGGAUAAAGAAACUACAGUGGAAAGCCAGAAAUCAGAACACAAAAUCGAUCAAUCAACAGAUACUAAGAGUAUCGAGGAUUUCAUCAGAGAUAUGAUACGGAAAGAGUUCCAACACUUACUACAGGAGCUAACUGAUGAUGCGUCCACAGGCUCUGUAACAAUAUCCAAAAGCGAAGACAUUUUGAACAAAGGAGUCGCUAACAUUAUCGAAUCAUUGAACAAUAAUGAAGAUAUGAAGUCAAAGAAAGAGCCAACGAGGUCCUUCUCUCGUGUGAAAAUCAACGGGAAUAACAAACCACUACUGCAGAUUACGUUCACAAGAACAGGAGAAAAUAGUCUACAAGUAUUGGAUAACUGUGUGAAUGUCACUAUCUGCGACCCAGGUAACAACAAUGUCAGUAUGAAGGACAAGAUGAACCAGUCCUUGGACGAUACGCUCACUGACGAUAUUCAUGUUAACGCUCUAAAGAGGUGCCAGGCUUUCAAUGCUUUACAGGAAGCUAAAAGUACCGAGGACUUGUACAUAGACGACGACCUAUCAACGAUGCAGGAGAACUUCGGCGGUAAAGUAAAACUGAUACCACUGCAUGGCUCCCUGCACGAGAUACUCUGCGAAAAGGAAGACGACUGUUGCCUCAUCAAGGUUAAGCAGGAGAACGGCUGCGACACCAUCUACUUCCGAUGUGAUAACUCCGACACCGAGUCACGGGACGCCAUCGACGGCUGCCCUCGCGACCAUCUGCCGCAAGACACCGUCGUCUACAAGCGAAGCAUAUCACUCGUCGAAGAAAGAAUACAGCGCAUAUUCCCCAAGGAGAAACGCGCACAAACCCCUAACGUCGCUCGCAAAGCGAAACCACCUGAUUACGUCAGAAUACGACCCAAAUCAGAAGUAUUUGUACCAAAACUUACCAUAGAAUCUCGAGUUCUAAGCAACAGCAGCCCCUCCCUCGCCACUUGCGACAGGUCGGAUGAAGUGGAGGUGAACAUUGAGAACGUGCUGAGCUACCAGGACUCCUCGUCCGACGAGUGUAUCCGGUGCCAACUGGAAGGCGACGACUUCGAGCUACUGGAGAAGAAGAUAGAGGAAGACAUCGCGAACAGUAACAAGAAUUCACUCACCUGCGGCUGCCUAGCGAAGAUAUCGGAAGAGAACCUCGCCACUCUCAACGAGGAAAAGGACUGAAUAAUUCUGUUGAUCCAGAAUUAAUGUUUGUUUAGUUGUAAACACUAAUGUUGAAGCCAUAAGUACAAAUUUACAAUACUGCAUGAUGAGUCGGAGGCUCCCCAAAUGUUGUCGUUGAUGAAUCUUCGCAACUGUAUUCGAAAUGUCCAGUUUGACAAGUACAAAGUGGUUAGUUUUUGUAUUGCACUUUUAUUGAUAAAUCGUAAUUAAAUCGUUGAUAUUAUUAUCACAAUUAUGUUACUCAUCCGUCCAAUUUGUACUCGCAUUUAGAAAACCCAAAGAUAUUUUCGUAGGUUUUCUUGUUUUAGAUUUGUUUCCGUGUUUUUUUAUAUCGUUUUUAGUGAUUAUAGUGCAAGGCUAUGUGAUUUAGUGUAAGUGGCACCGAUACAUUCCACUGUUGUGAUUUAUAGAAUAGUUGCACCUAAUGAAGGUUUUACCUCGUUAUACAUAAAUAUUAGCACUUUUAAUAAUAUAUCAGGUUAUUUUAAUCUUCGUUUCUAUAUUUUUAAUUGUAUUGAAUACACCAAAGGUUAAUUAGUUGCCUGGAUUGGUACAUUUCUAUAAUCCUUUGAUUUUCUAAAAUGUAAGUUGGUUUAUAAAGAGA